UUGGCUUUAUAUUAAAUGGGCCAAACAAUUCUAUAUUAGUAUAAAAUAAAAUAAAAUAAAAAUAAAUUAUUUUGCUAAACGAGCCUAAAAAAAUGUCUUCAAGCUCGACUUGUCUAUUUCAAUAACAAACCCAAACAGAACUUUUUACGAGCCGAGUUGGACCUAUCAGUUCAUUUGCAGCCCUAGAAAGGAACACCCCGUGAAAUGAGAAAAUGUGGUUUAAACUGUAAACUGGAAAAAAGGACAUAAAUGCGGGUGUCCCUCGCUUUUACAUGACAUACCUUGCCAUGUCCCGUUACAUUUGGAAUUUCAACUCUCACAUUUUGAACGACUGAAAAAGGAGAUGUCAUGCGCAAGUGCAAGGCAUGUGAUCGGAAGUCGAAUUUGUACAACAAAUUUGUAUGAUUACGUGCAGCUUCUUGAAGCUUGCAUUGCAUCAAGAUCACUCACGAAAGGCAUGAUAGUCCAUCAGCAUCUCCUUAAGAAUGGCAUCAUUACCAAUACCACCACAAACAAAAGCAACAACAGUAAUGCCAUUGUAUUAGACAAACUCACUCGGUUUUACAUUACCUGUAAAGAACCUGAACUCGCUGGUCGCGUGUUCGAUGAAAUUCCAGACCCAGAAAAGAAAAACAAUGUAAUAUUGUGGAACCUGAUGAUCAGAGCUUAUGCAUGGGAUGGACCCUUCCACCGAGCGAUCGAUUUGUAUUACCAAAUGUUUGAAUUUGGGGUCACACCAACAAAGUACACCUACCCAUUUGUUCUCAAGGCAUGUUCUGCUCUACAGGCAAUAGAAGAUGGUGAGGAGAUCCAUAAUCAUGCUAAAAGACUUGGGCUUGAGUCUGAUGUUUACGUUUGCACUGCUUUGCUCGACUUUUAUGUAAAAUGUGGUUCUUUAGUUGAAGCACGAUAUGUGUUUGAUAAUAUGUCUAGUAGAGAUGUUGUAGCAUGGAAUGCAAUGAUUGCUGGUUUGUCUCUUCAUGGAAUUUACUGUGACACGAUAGAAUUAGUUGUGCAAAUGCAGAGAGCGGGAUUGAGUCCCAACGCUUCGACUGUGGCAGGGGUUCUUCCCGUGAUUGGCAAGGCGAAUGCAUUGGGCCAAGGGAAGGCUGUUCAUGGUUACUCUGUGAGGAGGUUUUUUCAUACCGAUGUAGUGGUUGGAACUGGACUUUUGGAUAUGUAUGCUAAAUGUCAGUGUCUAUCUUACACCAGGAGGUUUUUUGACUUGAUGGGUGUCAAGAAUGAGGUAACUUGGAGUGCUCUAAUUGGAGCAUAUGUUACAUGUGGUUUUACAACUGAGGCAUUGGAAUUAUUUGAUCAAAUGCUGCUCAAGGGUGUUUCAAGUCCGUCAUCAGUUAUAAUUGGAACAGUUCUUCGUGCUUGUGCUAAGCUGCUUGAUCCAAGAAGAGGGAGACAGAUUCAUGGUUACACAAUUAAAUCAGGGUCUGUUUUGGAUAUAAUGGUUGGAAACACGCUUCUUUCAAUGUAUGCAAAGUGUGGAAUUAUAGACGAUGCAAUGAGAUUCUUUGAUGAAAUGGAUUUGAAAGAUACCGUUUCUUAUAGUGCUAUCAUCUCAGGGUGCAUGCAGAAUGGUAAUGCAGAGGAGGCUUUGCAUACUUUCCACAAGAUGCAAUUGUCUGGGAUAGACCCAGAUUUGGAAACUAUGAUUGGAUUCUUGCCAGCUUGUUCACAUUUGGCUGCUCUACAACAUGGACUUUGUGGUCACAGUUACUCAAUUGUACGUGGAUAUACGACGUAUACCUCAGUUUGUAAUGCUCUUAUUGACAUGUACUCUAAGUGUGGUAAGAUCAAUACGGCCAGGGCAGUUUUUGAUAGAAUGCACAACAGGGAUAUCAUUUCAUGGAAUGCUAUGAUUGUCGGUUAUGGAAUUCACGGACUUGGGAUGGAGGCACUUUCAAUGUUCCGUGAUAUGCAGACUGUAGGUUUAAAGCCAGAUGAUGUGACUUUCAUUUCUCUCUUAUCUGCUUGCAGUCAUUCAGGACUUGUCGAUGAAGGGAAACACUUGUUUUCUGCCAUGAAUGAAGAUUUCAACAUUAUCCCAAGGAUGGAACACUACAUGUGCAUAGUUGAUCUUUUGGGCCGUGCUGGACAUUUGGAUGAGGCCCACAAUAUCAUUUUGAGAAUGCCAUUUGAACCUGACGUUCAUGUAUGGAGUGCCCUGCUUGCUGCCUGUAGGAUCCAUAAGAAUAUUGAACUGGGAGAAGAAGUAUCAAAUAAGAUCCAUAGCAUAGGACCAGAAGGUACUGGAAAUUUUGUGCUCUUGUCUAAUAUAUACAGUGCUGCUGGGAGAUGGGAUGAUGCAGCAAAUGUCAGAAUCAUGCAGAAGGAAUGGGGUUUUAAGAAAAGUCCAGGAUGCAGUUGGGUGGAGAUAAAUGGUGUUGUGCAUGCAUUUGUUGGUGGGGAUCAAUCGCACCCACAGUUUUCACAGAUAAACAAUAAAUUAGAGGAAUUGCUAGUGGAGAUGAAGAGGUUGGGCUAUUGUGCAGAAUCUAGUUUUGUUUUUCAAGAUGUUGAAGAGGAGGAGAAGGAACGGGUUCUCCUUUAUCACAGCGAGAAACUAGCUGUUGCUUUUGGAAUUCUGAGUUUGGGCCCCAGCAAGCCCAUUAUUGUUACUAAGAAUUUGCGCAUUUGUGGCGACUGCCACAUUGCCCUAAAAUAUAUUACUACAAUUACAAAGAGAGAGAUAACUGUAAGAGAUUCAAGUCGGUUUCAUCAUUUCAGGGAUGGAAUUUGCAACUGUGGGGAAUUCUGGUGAGGGAAGUGGUUAUGUGAGUGGUCACAGAAUUCUACGGUGGACGCAGUGAAAUCUACAUGUCGCGUUUCUCCUGAAAACUAUGUUGAAGCUUUGAACAAGCAGGCUAAGCCUCUUCUAAUGAGCAUAAUAGAGAGUGGAAAAUAUGGGAAGCUUGUGGGUCCAAGCUGGGUGAAGAAUCGCAGAUGACAAUUGUUCUUACAGAUGCUGUUCAGAGGUCUGGUAUGAUGAUUUCACGUCAGGUUUUUUGCUGAUGACUUGCUCAUAGUUGCAAGGGCUAAUUUGGAGGGACUGCUGCUACCUGAAAAAGAGUUUUGAAGCACUUUGAAAUUCUGUCUUGCUUAACAGUUGGCACAGAGAAAGGUGAGGUGUUCUUGUCUAGGACAGUAGGAAUAACGAAUGCUCUUCUCCAAUUCUUAGGGUGUGAGCUUGGGAAAUUUCCUAUUAACUAUCUGGGCCUCUGUCUUAAUUAUUAAGGUAUAAGAAAUUCUGAUUGCUCUUGAGUAUUGGAUAACGUGUGCCACGGUCACUAACUGGCAUGGUCUGAAUUUGUCAAUGGCUGGUAGAGUUGAGUUGGUGAGAAUUUUUUUAACAUCCUUUGUUUACUAUUGGGCCAGUGUUUACCAUUGCUGUAGCUGUUAUUAAUUUUAUAGAGAGGACAAUGAGGAACUUUAUCUGGGGUAGUACAAAUGAUACCAAGAAGCUGCAUGCUUUGAGUUUGAAGACGUUUACCAGUCCUGAGAUGGAAGGUGGGUUUGGGAUCUGAAGAACUAAAUAAGUUGAUAAAGCUUUUAAGCGGACGCUGGUUUGGGACUACAUUCAGACCAACGAUCCGUUUUAGUUAACAGAUAUAUCAGAUUUGCAAACUUCUGGAAUUGCAUACCCUCUCAGCCUUCAAUUAUUUGGAAGAGUUUGAUGGGGGAAAGGGAGUCUAUGAACCAGCAGAUAUUCUUUAGAAAUGGUGAUGGCUGCAGCUUUAACGUGCUUUUGGAUCCUUGAUGUGAAGGGUACUCUCUGAUUGAGAAGUUUGGGUAUAGAAUUGUGAGAGCUCUUGCUUAACCAAAAAAACUCUCUCUUGGAGGCUAUCAUUACUAUGGUUUUGUGGUAUGAGUUUUGCUGGAACAGUGGUAGGCCUAGGUGGUCAGAAUUUACAUGCUUGGCUUUACAGAAUCAGAUCUUGACCGAAGUUUCAAGUUAACUUCUGAGGCUUAUGUUUAAUGUGUCUGUCAUAAUUGUAUGCUUAGUGAAGAUGAUGCUGAAUAGUUGAUCUCACUUGUUCUUGAACUGCAUAGAGCAAGCCUUGGCGCAACGGUAAGGUUAUUCUAUUGUGAUGUCGACGUUGGGUUCAAAACAAGGAAAGAACAUCUCCUUAUGCAUAGGUAGUAGGUAAAGGUGCGUACAUCUUAAUGACGGGAGACUCGUGCACUGAAGUGUUGCCCUUUGUUCUUGUACUGCAGGAUAUGCUCAAGAAAUUUGGUCGUGGAUUGGAUCAGUUUUGCAAUGGAACUUGACAGUUCACAACUCCUUAAUUGAUCUUGCUACUUGGGUUGCUUCUAUUGUUAGAAGUACAGAAUCAAAAGAUUCUAAGCAUACAAUUAGCAAUCUAAGUUUCAAUAACAGAAUAAAGUUCUCUGUUUGUUUUGAUGUAACAUAUUUUUCUCCUAAAAGAUUUUCUUUUUUUAGGUAAAAUAUAUAUAUAU